GCGCUGGAUAGCAGAGGAGCUGGACAGCUGCAGAGGAUGUCGGUGAACCUGCUAAACUUACAGCAGACUACCCAUGGAAGACCACCUUACACGAAGCUUCCGUCCUGCGAAGAUUUUUAAAUACCUGGGGUCUCAAAAGUGCGCAAAAGGCUAAACCCAGAACUCUCUCCAAUGCACAAGAACCGCUGAUCUUCAUGGUGAAUGAGCAGAAUGUUUCUUCCUCUGCGACCAUCCGAAAAUGAACACCACUCUGUGUGACUCUGCCGUGGCCUUGUAUCACCUGACGACAGACCACCAACUGAACGCCAGCUGCAACUACUCCUCGCCUACGUCCAACUGGACAUCGGGGGGUGGCGCCCUGCAGCUGCCCACAUUCACCACAGCGGCCAAAGUCAGAGUGAUCAUCACCUGCAUUCUCUGUGGUAUAUCGGCCUUUUGCAACCUUGCAGUGCUGUGGGCGGCACACAGCGAUGGGAAGCGUAAAUCCCACGUCAGGGUGUUGAUAAUCAACCUGACUGUGGCUGAUUUGCUGGUGACCUUCAUCGUGAUGCCUGUGGAUGCCGUGUGGAACAUCACAGUCCAGUGGCUUGCUGGGGACCUUGCCUGCAGGCUACUGAUGUUUCUAAAGCUGCAGGCGAUGUACUCUUGCGCCUUUGUCACCGUGGUGAUUAGUCUGGAUAGGCAGUCAGCCAUCCUCAACCCUCUGGCUAUCAAUAAGGCCAGAAAGAGGAACAGAGUCAUGCUGACUGUGGCCUGGGGCAUGAGUGUCGUGCUGUCAGUCCCACAGUUAUUCCUUUUUCACAAUGUGACCAUCAUCCAUCCCGAGGACUUCACUCAGUGUACCACACGUGGAAGUUUUGUCACUCACUGGCACGAAACAGCCUACAACAUGUUCACUUUUUCCUGCCUGUUCCUGCUGCCGCUGGUCAUCAUGAUCACCUGCUACACCAGGAUCUUCUGUGAGAUCUCCAAACGAAUGAAAAAGGACAACUUGCCCUCUAAUGAAGUGCAUUUGCGGCGUUCGAAGAAUAACAUCCCCAGAGCCCGGAUGAGAACUCUAAAAAUGAGUAUUGUGAUUGUGUCGUCUUUCAUCGUCUGCUGGACUCCAUACUACCUGCUGGGACUGUGGUACUGGUUCUUCCCCGACGACCUGGAGGGGAAGGUCUCCCAUUCACUGACCCACAUCCUGUUCAUCUUUGGGCUCGUCAACGCUUGCCUCGACCCGGUCAUCUAUGGCCUGUUCACCAUUCACUUCCGAAAGGGGCUCCGGAGGUAUUACUGCAACGCCACCAAGGCAGCCGACCUGGAUAACAACACGGUUAUAACCGGAUCCUUCAUUUGUGCUGCCAACUCGUUGCCACUGAAAAGAGAGGCCAGCCAGGAGAGGUUCAUGUUGUACAGCGAUAACCACAGCAGAGCAGAGUCGACGUCACCAAGAAGCAUAUUUUUAAGAGAUCCAAACCAGUCCAGCUCCGAGAGCAACCUAUGAGGAGGGAGGAGACUAUUUUUACUACUGCUAUAUAACUGUUUUAUUUAUUCAGUUUUAUUCAGUGUCUGAUGUGUGGGGGUCCUGUAUUCCUUGAAUACUACGUGUCGUUACUUCAUAAAUCGCAAUGUGCUUCUGCGUAACACAAAGCUGGGUGGGAAAUACAGAACUUUGUGUUUCCUUGAAAAGGGGAAGCUUCAUAAAAUAAAUUCACUGAUCACACUACACUAACCUAAUGAGCUUCUGUCUUCUUGUUUCAGUCCUCUGUAAAUUGUAACCUGUGUUCAUCUUGAAUUAAAUUUAUUCGCUGUAA